UGCCUCCUGGGCCUCUACUCUUUGUCCAUGCUCUAUGGUCCAAUGAGUGACUAACUUCAGUCUGCACCUCAGGGGCGUUUCGGACACGAUCUGUGUCGUGUUUGCUGUCAAGUCGGCAGCAAAUUCUUACAAUUUGACAGUUAUUCGUCGACAAUUGAGUAUCUAAAAUGUCGGAUUCAAAGUACUUUACCACCACCAAGAAGGGUGAGAUCUUUGAAUUGAAGUCAGAACUGAACAAUGACAAGAAAGAGAAGAAGAAGGAAGCUGUGAAGAAGGUCAUAGCCUCCAUGACAGUCGGCAAGGAUGUGUCAGCCCUCUUCCCAGACGUCGUUAACUGCAUGCAGACAGACAACCUCGAGCUGAAGAAACUCGUCUACCUGUAUCUGAUGAACUACGCCAAGAGCCAGCCCGACAUGGCCAUCAUGGCUGUCAACACGUUCGUGAAGGAGCUAGCGACAUCUCCGAUGACAAAGGACUGCGAGGAUCCAAAUCCCCUGAUUCGUGCACUGGCAGUGCGCACUAUGGGCUGUAUCAGGGUCGACAAGAUCACAGAGUACCUGUGUGAACCGUUGAGAAAGUGCCUGAGAGAUGAGGAUCCCUAUGUGAGGAAAACAGCAGCUGUUUGUGUUGCCAAACUUUAUGAUAUCAAUGCAGGACUGGUUGAGGAUCAGGGAUUCUUGGAUCAACUCAAGGAUUUGUUGUCCGACAGUAAUCCUAUGGUUGUAGCGAACGCAGUGGCAGCCCUCUCCGAGAUAAACGAGUCCUCCCCAAGUGGUCAGCCUUUGGUAGAGAUGAACGCCCAAACAAUAAAUAAAUUGUUGACAGCUCUGAACGAAUGCACAGAAUGGGGUCAGGUGUUCAUCCUGGACUCCCUCGCCAACUACUCUCCGAAAGACGAUCGCGAGGCUCAGAGUAUCUGCGAGCGAAUAACUCCCCGCCUGGCUCACGCCAACGCAGCAGUCGUUCUCUCCGCUGUGAAGGUCCUGAUGAAAUUAAUGGAAAUGCUCCAGUCAGAAUCUGACUUCGUUGGGACCCUCACGAAGAAGCUUGCGCCACCCCUGGUGACGCUCCUCAGUUCUGAACCCGAAGUCCAGUACGUGGCACUCCGCAACAUAAAUCUCAUCGUCCAAAAGCGUCCAGACAUUCUCAAGCACGAGAUGAAGGUCUUCUUCGUUAAGUACAACGACCCCAUCUAUGUAAAGCUGGAAAAGUUGGACAUCAUGAUCCGUCUGGCCUCUCAGGCGAACAUCGCCCAGGUGCUGUCCGAGUUGAAGGAGUAUGCGACAGAAGUGGACGUGGAUUUCGUGAGAAAAGCUGUUCGAGCUAUUGGCAGAUGUGCCAUCAAGGUGGAGCCCUCAGCAGAGCGUUGUGUCUCGACACUUCUCGACCUCAUCCAGACAAAGGUCAACUACGUCGUCCAGGAGGCAAUUGUUGUGAUCAAAGACAUCUUUAGAAAGUACCCGAAUAAGUACGAGAGCAUAAUCUCCACCCUUUGCGAGAAUCUGGACACUCUGGACGAGCCAGAGGCCCGAGCCUCCAUGAUCUGGAUCAUCGGUGAAUACGCAGAGAGAAUCGACAAUGCUGAUGAGCUCCUCGAGAGCUUUCUCGAGGGUUUUCACGACGAGAACACUCAAGUGCAGCUGCAGCUUCUCACAGCCAUUGUCAAACUUUUCCUGAAGAGACCGACAGACACUCAAGAGCUUGUGCAACAGGUCCUUAGUCUGGCGACCCAGGAUUCUGAUAAUCCUGAUCUGAGGGACCGAGGGUUCAUCUACUGGAGAUUGUUGAGUACAGAUCCAGCAGCUGCUAAGGAAGUGGUUCUCGCUGAAAAGCCACUGAUUUCAGAGGAGACGGAUCUUCUGGAGCCGACUCUUCUCGACGAGUUGAUUUGUCAUAUUUCCAGUUUGGCUUCGGUAUACCACAAGCCCCCGACGGCUUUCGUGGAGGGGAGGUCUGCAGGGGCGAGGAAAUCCCUACCAGCUAGAACUAAUUCUAAUGAAGAUGCCCAGAGAACGAGUGCCCCACAGGCACAGGUGAUACCAGCUCAGGAUUCUCUGAUUGGGGAUUUGUUGAGCAUGGAUAUUGGCGGGCCUACACCAGCCGCUGCUACCCCAGCUGCACCCACUGGCAUGGGUCUGGAUCUCCUGGGUGGUGGACUGGACAGUAUUCUUGGCGGAGGGGAUACCGCACCUCCAGCUGUCUCGCAAACCACAACUGGACUUCUUGGAGAUAUUUUUGGAUUCAAUCAGGGUUCAGCUCCAUAUGUUCCACCCAAGGUCAACUGGUUGCCUGCUGAGAAGGGAAAGGGCUUCGAUAUCUGGGGGACCUUCAAUAGGAAGAAUGGACAGAUCGUCAUGGACAUGACAUUUACCAAUAAAGCCAUGCAGAGCAUGGGAGGUUUUGCUAUUCAGUUGAAUAAGAACAGCUUUGGCCUUACUCCAGCUGCUCCACUCAAUGUGCCUGGACCUCUUGGUCCUGGCGCCAGCAUCGAGGUGUCUGUGGUACUUUCUACUGCUGGGGCUGUACAGAGGAUGGAUCCUCUGAAUAAUCUACAAGUCGCCAUCAAGAAUAAUAUAGAUGUCUUCUAUUUUGCUUGUGUUGUUCCCAUGCAUGUCUAUUUCGCUGAGGAUGGACAGCUUGAUAAGAGGGUCUUCUUGUCCACGUGGAAGGAUAUACCUGCGCAGAAUGAGGUCCAGUAUACACUCAAUGGGAUAAUGCUCACUGCUGAUCAGGUCGUACAGAAAAUGCAGCAGAAUAAUGUAUUUACGAUCGCGAAGAGGAAUGUUGAGGGACAGGAUAUGCUUUAUCAGUCUCUCAAACUUACCAAUAAUGUCUGGGUGCUUAAUGAGCUGAAGAUUCAACCAGGAAAUCCUGAUGUUACUCUCUCCUUGAAGUCUCGCACUGUGGACGUUGCUGCGGGUGUCUUUGCGGCUUACAACGCCAUCCUCCAUUCUUGAACGACUGAUUGAGAGAAAGGAAUUGAUGAUCUUGUGGACGGGUCUAUCACGAUGCGAAUAAUCGCCGUGGUUUACGUUUGGAGUGGAGAUUAUUAUUGAGGGUUGGGGGGGCGUGCUGAGGUCAACGACCUCUGGAUAUUCCAGUAGGUUUAAUGAAAUUAUGUACUAUAUAUAAGGAUAAUAAAUCAUUGAUUAAGGAUUAAUAA